AUGUCACUGAUCCCAGGCGGUACAAGAUUCUGCAUUGGAACCAGUGCAGGUCACCACAACAUCAGCCUUCAGUGGCCAGAGAAAUGCAAUCUUCAACAGGCACUCCAGGAGGUCGCUAAACCUUUGGGAGAGGUCUGUGAGAUACUAGCGGCUGCAGGCGUUUUUGAGAGGGAUCAUGGGUCUCCAACAUUUUUUCAAGUCAGCUCAGCAAAUGGGACAGUGCCGUCCUCUGAAUACCUUGAAGAUGGCAGCCCCUCUCUUCAGCCUUAUAAGAUCCAACAAUCUUCCCAGCAAUAUCUCCCUGAUCCAUCCUUCAGCCCCGUUACCAACAUGACUACUCCUUCCGUCAGCCCAUCCCUUUUGUUGGACAAGCCUGACAGAAGCAACCAAGGUAUACUCCCCACAGUCUGUUCCGCAAUCCAGAGGGGUGCCCUCGAAGUGUACAAAUGGGUGGUUGAUGGAGGAAGAACACGAUCCUCCUCCUCUACAGAAAGGGCGUCAACAGGUAUCCCCGCCAAAGAGAUACCACCCUCUUCUACCUCUGACCCUCUCCACUUGGCUUUGUUCGAAAGCAACCAUGCGACUCUUCCAUUAGAUCACAAUUCUUGGCCUUUAAUGCCCUCAGAAGCAUAUCAAAGACCAAGUUAUGUAGAGGGCAUGAUCAGCCGUACUCAAAGGGUCGUAGCAUGGGUCCUAGAUUGA